CUUGGUCCGAACAAAUCAUCCAUUAAUUUAGCCUCAUCAAUGUCAGCCUUGAAGGAAAACCCUGUUUCCAUUGCUGGGACUCUUAUUGAGAAAUUUCAACAACCACUUGAUCAGCUUAACAGUAUGAUUAAGAUCACAUUGGAACUAAUUCAGUACAUCUGUGAAUUAACAUUAUUGUCGGACACAGAGUACUACAAAGAAGAUAUUGUCUCAAUGGGUGUAUAUUGGGCAAUUGUAAGUGCAGUUGCUGGUUAUAUUCAAAUUAAUUUGAUCGUAGACAAUGGGGAAGUGGCAUUAGAACUCUCCCACCUAAUUUCCAAUCUUAGUCAAAUCCUUAACGACCUCAUGCACCACUACACAAUUUGCAAACCACAAAUAGGUUGACAUUGAGGUCUUAUAAAAAAAAAC